UCGGCGACUGCUAACUUUAGUGCUAGAAACGACGCAGCAGUGAACGACAUUCUCCCAGAAUACCAACAUGGCGGCAGCAGUGAGGUCCGUCGGUUUUCUCGGCCAGCUGAGCAAUUCUGUGAAGAGAUUUGUUUUCCGCAUGUCUGGCUAUAACCAGUAUGGUUUGUUCCAUGAUGACUGCUUAUAUGAGAAUGAUGAUGUAAAGGAAGCUCUGCGUCGCCUGCCUCAGCACCUCAAGGAUGAUCGCCACUAUAGGAUGCAUAGAGCUAUCCAUCUUUCUAUGACCAAGACCGUCCUGCCUAAGGAUGAAUGGUUUUCUUAUGAGGAGGACCACUCCACCGGACGUUAUCUCCAGCCUUACCUCCAGGAAGUAAUAAGGGAGAGAAAGGAACGUGAAGAAUGGAACAAGAAGUAAAUCUACAACAUCAUUGCCAAGUUUUGAUUGAUUACUUAUUGUUAGAAGAUUUCUGUGUAACAUCCCAAGAAGUACCAUCUUUAUUGUGUAUCUGUAAUAUAUGUACAUUUAUUUUUUAAUUUAUGGAUUGUAGGAUGGAAUACAGCUAAUGUAUAAAGGUUGAAAUAUAAACAACAUUUAA